UCCGCUUGCGCUCGUCCGACGUCGACGUCGUCCGACAACGUCAGCGACAUCUUCAGCUACCCGAACAGGGUUCUCCUCGGGGUCGACGGGCAGCUCUACGCCAGGCCCUGACGGCCUCCUUCAGGAUCGCACCCGGACUCGACCGUCUCUCCCUUUUACCUCGGCUGCCGCGGAAUAAUGGCUGACACCGAGUUCGAGGAAUUUCGGCACUAUUUCGAGAGACUCCCUCAGCAUCUCAAGGCACCCCUUUCUAAUUACACGCUCGUUCACGAUGUGACGAUAGACGAUUCGCCGACCUCGUCGCAGGCUAGCGACGUGGAGGUCGAGAGAUCCUGCGACGGGGUUGCCGUUGAUUCCGAGGACGAGGAAGUCGUCGUGAUACAUCGGCACGACAACCAAAGCGGGCACACUUCCGGGGACGAAAGUGACGACCUCGAUCACAACUGUUCAAUCGUAGCCGAUAGUGAUUUUAGGUUGGUAAAGUCCUUGUUCGGUGGACUGAGCAGCAGGGGUCGAUCGGCAGGCGUCGGUGGACCGGGUCCUGGUGGAGGUAGCACUGCCGGGUCCGGUAACGGUGGUAGAGAUAGCGUAGUCAGUGACGUCGGUGAUUCCUGUUCGAGCCUGAGUUCCUGGCCGACGCCGGAACACGUCCCGAAUCGUCCCGGAAGCGGCAGCAACGAGCGCAGACGUCGGAGACUACCGGAAAUCCCCAAAACGAAGAAAUCUCUUCCCGCCGGCCAAGCGUCUAUGCAAUCGUCGACGUCUUUGGCGGACGAGCUGAACGCUGCGACUGGUUCAAGUUCCAACCGACCGCAUCUGGUUCUGCGAAAAUGCCACUCGAGGCUCCGUCACGAAGACAGUUCGCCUGACAGCGAGCGAAUGGCCACCGACAGUGGUCAUUCCACUGCCCACUCUCCGGAAAACGGACCCAAAAGCGUCUCCCCGAUACCCUGCAACACGUUGCAGAACACGGACUCUGUUUCGCCGUCAAGCACGCCAGAAGGAAGCAGUGGGGUGCCGUUCACUCAGCUGGAAUUGCUGGAAGCGACGCAUCGAGGAUUGCACAAAUUCGUGCCAAGACACCACGACGAGAUCGAUCUCGAGAUCGGCGAUCCUAUCUACGUGCAAAAAGAGGCCGACGAUCUGUGGUGCGAAGGUGUGAACCUGAGAACAGGUCGCCAAGGCAUCUUCCCUUCUGCGUACGCGGUAGACAUGGAUUACAAUGACUUCGAUCCCACGGCGCCAAAGGUGAAGAGGGAACGGUACCUCUUGGGGUAUUUAGGCUCGGUGGAGACGCUGGCGCACAAGGGUACCGGCGUCGUUUGCCAAGCUGUUCGAAGAAUCGUAGGCAGCUCGCAGGAGUCACCCAUUUCGCAGAGCUGCAUCUUAGAGGUGUCCGAUCAGGGUCUUCGAAUGGUCGACAGGAGUAAACCACGGAACAAACAGGGACCCUGUCAUGAUUAUUUCUACUCGCUUAAGAACGUAUCAUUUUGCGCGUUUCACCCCCGAGAUCAUCGUUAUCUCGGCUUCAUCACGAAACAUCCGACCCUGCAGAGGUUUGCUUGCCACGUGUUUAUGGGUCAAGAAUCUACGAGGCCCGUCGCUGAAGCCGUCGGGCGUGCUUUUCAUCGGUUCUACACGAAGUUCAUCGAGACUGCUUUUCCGAUAGAAGAUAUCUAUAUCGAAUAGAUCACCACUGCUGGCCUGUCGUAUAGCAGCUACGAAGGAAAAGAUAAAUCUCACAUUCCUUUGUCCCCUGUACAUACUGCCCUUAGCUGUAGAUAUACAUAUAAAAGGAAGAAGAGAAUGAUCGACGCGAAUCAAACGCCCAAUUCAUAUACAUAUACGUACAUGUAGAUUAGAAUUAGUACUCGCAGGAUCUCCGCUGAGAAUCUUAGGACAUCUCGUUGUAUACAAUUGAAACAACGUGGAGUAUUUCAAUUUUCUUAGACUGUUCUUUCGAACGACUCACGUAGCUGAUUGACUCGGAAUUACGAAAACUGGAGAAAAAAGAGCGGGUCCCUAAUCUAAAAUUUCUUUCUCUGUUAUUUAUCGUUUGUUAAUAAGAAAAAAGAUUACAAUUCCCCACCUCUUCCUCCUCCUAUUAAAAAUUUUAAGUCAAUCGACCUUCGGAAGAAGAUCUCAUAUAAAAAUUGUUUAAUUACAGACUCAAUUAUUCGAUUAUCAUUUUAUUAUGAGACGUUCUAAAAUUCCUGACGGAAAUCUUUACAUCUGCAUGUACGUAGUAUGUAUAUCUGUUCCGUGUUGUACCGAACAGUUUUGGGAAGCGUCACGACGGGACCGAUUAUUAUUCAGCCUGGUCUGUUGUUUCAACAUCGAUAAUAUUACGUUUAAUUUAUUAAAAAUCGCUCGUUUUCUUAUUUUCAUCUGUUACCCGAUUACACUGACGUACCAUUUACGCCAUGCACUAUUGUACAAGAUCAUUGAUUACAGGUACUCAUUUUCUGUCACGAUGGAACGCGAUGAUUUGAACAUCCUGAGCGAGACAUAUUCGACCCUACGCAUUGAUUAGUAACUGAUAAGAGUUAAUCGUUAAUCUUUCGAUCCUUCGACCAAGAAUAAUCCAAAUAGUGACACGUAGAAGAUAAAAGCGACAAUAGCGUGAGUCAUUCUAAAAAAUUUAUUCGAAACCCGAACAGUUUCAUUCGAAUUAUUUUUUUUUUCUGUAUAAUAGAGCCAAUCGAUUUACCUCAAUGAUUUCAGUACUGAUCUACGUCCACUGUCUAACUGCCCAUUUUCAUUUACUGCUUUCCCUUACGAUUAAGUAGACGGACUAUACCAAAAGAUCUUUCUUUUUCCCAAGCAAUGAAUUUAUUAUUGUAUAUAUGUACUUGUCGGACGAUCCCAUAAGUUACGUUAUUAUUUGGCAUAUACAUUACUUAAAAAUAAAUGAUUAUUUACUGAUAAUUAAUCAACGAUGCAAUUUCCAGAAUUAUUUAAUUAUUCGCGCUGCCUGUGUUGCGCCUUAUUUAAUUUGCGUACACUUGUUACUACUUUUCUUAAACAGAAUUUAUUUCAAUAAUUAACAAUUUUAAUAUCGAAUUUACACUUAUAAACACUGAAUAAAGCAUUGUUUAAAAGUUCCUAUUCCUUGUUGUAUGACAUCGUUAUAACUACAAUGCGCAUCGUAUAAAUUAAAUUACAAUCACGGGAUCGCAUUAAUUUGGCUAUAAAAUACAGUUUCGUCGACCGAUCGGUUUUUCAAUUACAGAACUUCGAGUUUUCUUGCAUUUCUGUGAGCAAAGAAAAAUAAAAAUUGUUUUGUUCAUGUAAAAGGAAACGAUCAUCAAACGCGUCAGAUUUAUUUCAUGCAUUCAGAAACUAGUCCUUUUCUUUCUACACAAACAAACAUUAAUUAUUAUUGUUAUUAUUAUUAUUAUACAUUUAUGUAAAUGAGGUUUAAUUGGCUGGUUACUAUUUCGUUAUCGAAGCGCACACAUCGGCCUCCUCUCAGUACCUUUGUUCAUCAUUACUGUCAUUAUUAAGUAAGACUGCGGAUUUUUAUGCAAGAUAACAAAUUAUACCAGAAAUUUUGUUCAUCACCGAAACAUUGCAGUAUGCAGUUUGCAAUCAAUUAGUUACGUGCGACGUUCGUAUUUUCCUGGUAAACGCGUAAAAUCCGCAGUUUAGUAAUGAUAACUGUACCGUGUUGCGGCGUUUCGUGGAUAUUCACGCAGUACGUAUCAAAUCGCACGCACCAAACGACGGAAUGCAAUUUGAAAAGAGCGAAGAGAUGUACAUAUGUUAUAAAAUAAAGUCGCGACUAUUAAAAUUUGUAUCGAUUCUAAUCGAAGAUGCAUCGUGACGAGUCUGAAGAUAAAUCUUGCGCACAGUCCCUGAUUCUUUCCUGAUAAAAUUCGCUGACGAUCAUUGCCUCGUUUCACGUUUCUAGUUAGCACCGUUAGUUGAAUGCGACUGUAACAUAGCUCCGUUGUAUACCGCUUUGAGAGUUAAAAAGUUCUGCUUACGAUCCAUUAAUUUCUUCUAAAGGAUUCGUUCUCGCAGUUCAAAGGGAAAACGAUAUUGUUCGAGAAUAAAAACGUCGUAAGAGAAGUCGUUUAGGAUUAAAUUAUAUCUAUUAAUGAAUUCGUCAAUUAAUGCAGUGUUAAUGAGAAACUUCUUGUUUCGUUGGGGCGUCGCUUACGUUCGAUCUGAUUACGUGCUUGGGAUUUGAUCAACUCUGUCUCUGUACGUACGUAUUACUAGACAUUAAACCGUUCGGUUAUACAGUGUGUUGAAUAAAUAUUGAGACAAGCCGCAGUGCUUAUUAUAUCGCCAACGAUCUAUCUCUCUAUACCAUCGUCUGUCAUCAAUUGUACGUGCCUUUAAUUGAGAUCGCCUCGAGUAUCGUGCCUUUCUGAUUAUUUUCUCAUCGUACACAGGUGCAAAUUAAUAUCAUUCGCGGUAUAUGUAACUGAUUAUUAUCAACAAUCUUUACCCAUCUCUCUAUUCUGAAUCUUUCGUAAGUCGUUGAGUAGAAUAAAAAUGUGCGUGAUGCAACUAAAA